AUGGGUAAAAAAUCAAAAAAGGCAUUUGAAUCAUUUGAUAUUAAUGAAGUUAAACCAUUAGAUCAUUUAACUGCAGUACCAAAAAGUAGAACAUCAUCAAUUACAUCAAUUGAAAGUGAAGGUUCAAUUUCAAAAAUUUUAGAACCAGCAAGUAAAAGAACUUUUGAUGAUUUAACUGAAUUUGAAGCUUAUAUUUAUACUCAAACAAUGAGUGGAGAUUAUGAUUAUACUCAUGCAGUAUUAAAUUAUUAUCCUCCUUUUAUUUUAAAAGAAUGUCAAAAUAAUUUAGAAAAAAUUAAACCAACAAAUAAUAAAAAUUCAAAAAAAUUUAAAAGAAAUUUACAACAUCAUAUUCAAAAACAUUUAAUUAAAGAUUUAGAAAAAUGUUGUGGUUAUGAAUUAAAUUUUGAUAAAGGUGAAAUUAUUGAAACUUCAAAUAAAUUAAUUUGGAAAUUUAAAGAUGAAAGUGAUCAUGGUUUUAGUAAAGAAGAAGAAGAUUUAUAUGAUAGACAUUGGAAAUUAGAAUUGGAAGUUAGUUGUACUAAUGAAUCUGCAAUGGUUGAUGUUGAAUAUAAAUCAAUUCCAAUUUUAUAA